ACCUCGGCCGGGACAGCUCCUUUCCAUCCCGGCCUCAACCAGCAACCAAUCUGUCUCCAGCCAAGUCAUCAGUGCUAUUCGCAGCAUUCGUCAUUGAACCAGAUCUCCUCGUUCCGUCUACUUCUCUACCUUGUCCGCGGCGGUGCGCCCACGCACCCACGAUACGUUCUUCCGGCCUUUUAUUGCCCUUUCCACCUCGACGACCCGGCGAUCCGUGACGGCACAUGCUUUUCUGUGUCUCUGGUCUUUUGAAGUAUCGCUAGCCGUGCGCUUUGCGUCGGUCUCGGCCAACUCGACGGCGUCUGCGCCCAUCAAACAUCACAGACCACGAAAAGUAGCAAUAUAGCGGUUCUCUGAUAGUAGCUUCGCGGCUCGAUUGCCUGUGGCUUAGCUUUUGUCUGCCCGCCCUAUUGUUUCUCCCUUCUACCCACGAGAUACAACGUCCCAAGGCCAUUAUAUUCGUUCGUCGAGCCGCCUACUACUCUGCGCACCCCCUUCACGAAUCUGAUCAAUACCGCCAAACUGUCUUCUCCAAUUCUCAUUCCCCGGACCGUCUCAUACGACGUCGGUACCAAUCCUCCUCGACGGGGCACCGCCUACCAAAAUCCCAAUAUGGGUGACCAGAAGCCUGGUAGGAGGAGGAGAUCUAGUAGUAUUCUUCAGAUCUACCAAGAGCCAUUAGAGCCUUUAGAACAGUUGAGCGAUCAAUCUGCCCUUCCCAAUCUCAAUGCGAACUGGGUCAACGCCAAAGGGGCGUGGACAAUCCACAUCGUUUUGAUAGUCGCUCUUAAAAUCCUCUGGGAUGUCAUUCCGGGUGUCUCACAAGAAACUUCUUGGACGCUGACCAACAUAUCUUAUAUGUUUGGCUCUUAUAUCAUGUUUCACUGGGUUCGUGGCGUCCCAUUUGACUUCAAUAGCGGCGCCUACGAUAACCUAAACAUGUGGGAGCAAAUUGAUGACGGUGCGCAAUAUACACCGGCCAAGAAGUUUUUACUCAGCGUACCUAUUGUUCUCUUCCUCCUCAGCACGCAUUAUACUCACUACGAUCUCGCAUACUUCACAAUUAACUUUCUGGCUGUUCUGGGCGUGGUGAUACCAAAAUUACCCUUCAGCCACCGCAUGAGAGUUGGUCUAUUUUCGGGGGUACCUGACGACUGAAACCUAGUCGGGCUUGAAAGAAUGAGGCUGCUCGGGUAAUCAAGUUGGCUUGUGGAUACGGUUAGUUAUCGGCAUUGCUUGGGGAAAAUGAAGCUGUGUUAUGUGUAUACGAUAACUUUUUUGACAAACUAGAUAUCAAAAUCCGGGGCUGAGCAUACUAUAGGAAUACAUACAGCUUGGAAGAGAAAGCCCAGCAAGUCUUGAUUAUUUCUUUGCAUAACUGGCGUCACACGAACUACAAUUCAAGCUCGAGCAUCGUACCUAUGUCCUGCUAUUAAGCUUCU